UGAUCUCCAGUCUGUUUGGUUCCUUAGAAAACUGUGAAGAGAGGGAAAGAAAAUUCCUCAGUUUUUCUGUUUUUUACUGAAAGUUGGAAAGUCAUUAAUUUGGAUUGAUUUUUAUUUUUAUCAUUAUUAGUAUCUCACCGACCAAACGUGGAGGUCUCUCGUGAUUUUUGGUUAAGGUGUGUUGCGAGCGUUUUGGAGAUUCAGGAAUUAGCGUUUGAAGGGUUGAGGAUUUGGAAGUAGGGUUUGGGAGAAGAUGAGCGACAAUUUGAUGGACAAAGUGACCGCCCUCGGCGAGCGCCUCAAGAUCGGAGGGGUCGAGGUGGGUAAAAAGAUGAGCGCUGGGAUGAGUUCAAUGAGCUUCAAGAUGAGGGAGCUUUUCCAAGGUCCAAAUCAGACGGAGAAAAUUGUGGAAGAAGCCACUGCAGAAACCCUAGACGAGCCCGAUUGGGCCCUGAACCUUGAUCUGUGUGACAUGGUCAAUAAUGAUAAGAUCAAUAGUGUUGAUUUGAUCCGAGGCAUAAAGAAGCGAAUCAUGCUGAAGAACCCUAGGGUUCAGUACUUGGCCUUGGUAUUGCUUGAAACUGUUGUCAAGAACUGUGAGAAGGCAUUUUCGGAGGUGGCAGCAGAGAGGGUGCUUGAUGAGAUGGUGAAACUUAUUGAUGAUCCUCAAACUGUUGUAAAUAAUCGGAACAAGGUUUUGAUUUUGAUCGAAGCCUGGGGUGAGUCUGCAAACGAGCUUCGCUAUUUGCCUGUUUAUGAGGAAACAUACAAGAGUCUUAAAUCUAGGGGUAUCAGGUUCCCUGGUCGUGAUAAUGAGAGUUUGGCCCCUAUAUUUACCCCUCCACGCUCGGUUUCGGCUUCAGAAUCAAAUGCCAAUCUUGCCCAAGAAGUUCAUCAUGAUAUUCCUGUUCAUCGCUUUUCACCAGAACAAACCAAGGAAACAUUUGAUGUGGCGCGAAAUAGCAUUGAACUUCUGACUACGGUUUUAUCAUCUUCUCCGCAACAAGAUGCUUUAAAGGAUGACUUAACUACCACCCUUGUACAACAGUGUCAUCAAUCCCAAUUCACUGUCCAGAGAAUCAUUGAGACAGCUGGAGAUGAUGAGGCACUGCUCUUUGAAGCCUUGAAUGUGAAUGAUGAGAUCCAGAAAGUUCUCUCCAAGUAUGAGGAGUUGAUGAAGCCUUCCGAAGUUCCUCAUGAGCCAGAACCCGCUAUGAUACCCGUUGCUGUUGAGCCUGAAGAAUCACCUCGCUAUGCAAAAGAAGAUUCCCUCAUUAGAAAACCAGCCAGUUCUCGAGGGGGGUCCCAGGGAGGGCACCAUGAUGAAAUGAUGGAUGAUCUUGACGAGAUGAUCUUUGGGAAGAAAGCUGGGGGUACAUCGGAAGGAACCCAUGAUGCCAAGAAGCAGCAAUCACCAAAAGAUGACCUCAUCUCCUUUUGAGUGACUCUACAUUAAAUUUCUUAUUUCAUAAUUUAGCAUAGGAGCUUUGAUGGUGUUGAUAUCAUGGGAUUUAGGCGUCAAUGAGACUCUUAGUUUGAUGCUUAAAAGGUCUAUAGCCUUCAUGAACAGGACUGGUGACUUUUCAUUUGAGUUCUAUUUCCAUUACCUCCACACAUUUGUGUAUUUGUGUAAGUAGUUCAUGUUUGAACUUCACUAUAUUACCGCUUGACAUGGUAUAGAAAGAAAGAUUCGAUAUAAACUUAUUUAAAGCAAUGACUUGCAUAUUUUACUACAA